AUGCCGGAGCCCUGGGGUUCCAUACCUUUUCAAAGCAUGUUCGAUGAAUAUGAUUAUGGCUCGCUCUCGGCCAUCUGGACAGCAUUUAACGAUCUCAACUCUUAUAGUACUCAGCAACCUUCCUUCACUUGCGCCACGGGAAAUUGCACUUGGCCUCCUCAUGCUUCGUUGGCAGUUUGCAGCGCUUGCAACGACAUAUCAAGUAACUUGAAGAAAUCGACGGGGUACGCCCACCCAACAGACAAAGUUCUUCUUACUGUCCCUUGGUCGAUUACUUAUGCAGUGUAUAAGGACGACGACAGGCGUGCCUAUACCAAGUUCCAGUUACCGACGAUGAAUUUGAACAUUUCCAACUUUGAUAGUGAUUUUGGACAACAGGUCGAGUUUACGGCUCAGGUCACAACGCAGCCCGGAAGCACGCUGUCAUUCCAAGACUCGAAGACUUUGAUCGCCUCUUUCGCCAUGAUGAAAAGAGAUACGACUAAGACAGGUAAUAAGACAGUAGGCGGGGCGACUGCUCUAGAAUGCGCCUUGUCUUUCUGCACAAACAUCUACCGCUCGACCGUUACAAAGGGUAUUCUGAAAGAAGAUCUAAUUGGCUCCUAUACCAUUCGGAAUCUCAACUCAUUCCUAUCCUCACCAGUUGGGGAAGUAAUUGAGGACGAGAAGGUCAAAGUGUAUAACGAGAUGACGAAUUACACCCUUUACUAUUCUGUGGGCUUCGAGAGAACGGAUUUACAGCUUACUAUACCGCCUGACGAUGAUAUUGUUGCGUUGAUAGGAAACAACAGCUUGCGAUUCAACAUAAGUCAGGCCGCCGCCACAACCCUGCCGGGUGCGUUUGUGAGGAAGUUUGCCAGGCGCUCCGGGGACUUAGCCUCGAAGCAGCUCAUCUAUCCGACCUUUGAGACGCUCGAGCCCGAACAGCCCUCAGUAAUCACUACCCUUGGAAAAUCGCAGAAUCUGACAGCCACUUUCGAGAUGGCAGCUCUCGGUUUGACCAAGUGGAUGCGAGAUGUCUCGCUUCUGACAGAUCCUCACGUGGGAACGACAAAGGAGUCAGUGGUUCACAUACGCGUUAGAUGGGGUUUCAUGUCGCUUCCCUAUGGUGCGCUCCUCGUCGGUUGUCUUUUUUGUCUGUUCUCAAUACUCGAGACGAGGAGGCUACGACUCCCAGCCUGGAAGGGAAGCUCACUGGCGGGAUUGGCUCAUGGACUGGAUACAGAGACGAGGGAACAGCUCAGGGGGGCGGAAGAUAUUUCGAUGCAUGCUAGAUACGUCAAGAUCAAAAUGGCCAACUCUACAUCGGGUCCGGAAUUGGUUUCGUCCAGCAACCCUAUACGCACACAGACGCAACUCACCCCAUCAACACCAGAGAGAUGA